CUCACUGUAACAGCUGGGGAAUUUUUUUUUUUUUAAAGAAAACUUUAUUAAAAUCUAAAACGAAGUUGUUCAUUGCCUUUGGCGACUCCCAACCGAUCGCAGCGAUGUUAUCCGCCGCCGAGUUGGCCCGCCUCUGCAGGAUCUGCCUGCGCCAGCUCAAGGACCCCCAAAAACCAAACUCCAGACUGAUUAUUUUGCUGAAAAAAUUCCUGGACAUCGAUAUCCUGCAUCAGGAGGCCGGCUUUCCCACCGACAUUUGCAACUUGUGCCACAAUGCUGUGGCCUAUUUCGAGGAGCUGUGCCAGGUGGCCAGGGAGACGACCGAAAAGCUGUGCGACCAGCUAAAGGAUAGCCAGGAUUUCCCCAGGGUGAAGGAGGAGCCGCUGGACAUUGAGGCUGAUGAACAACUGAAGGAGGAGCAGGAACUGACUCUAAAUGCUGGUGAAGAGCACAUAGAAGGACCAGCCGGGCCACCGGAACAGGAGCAGCGCGAGAGGCAGGACUUUCGGCAGGAGCAGCCCAUGCCGCAGCACAAGCAGAAACGAGCCGGUCUGGCAUGCAACGAGUGCGGCAAGCAGGUCUACAAGCUGCCCUACCUGGAGGCUCAUAUCCGCAGCGUCCAUCAGGGUCAUUCCAAGCCGUUUCUGUGCCGCAACUGCGACAAGUCCUUCACCCGCUACGAGCAGCUGCGCUCCCAUCAACGCAACGCCCAUCCCCAGCUGCAGCAGCAGCAACUCCAGGAGCUGCGCGAACUGAUCUGCGAACUCUGCAACCGGCAGUACAGCACAAAGAAUGCUCUCGGUGAGCAUCUGAAGCGGCACGCACAGACCAAGGAGCACGUCUGCGAGCACUGCGGCGUGGCGAAGGUGACGCGCACCGAACUGCGCACCCAUAUGCGCACCCACAAUCCCACCUGGGAGCGCUUUAAGUGCGAACAGUGUCCGCAGCUGUUUCGCCACAAGAGCGCCAUAACCCGGCAUGUUCGGGUCGUCCACGAGGGGCAGCGGCGUUUCCAGUGCGGUCACUGCGAGAAGCGGUUCGGCACUCAUGCCUCCCAGUUGCGUCACGAGAGGGUGCACGGCAAGUCAUCGCGCGGCACAAAGAAAUCAUCAGCCAGAGGUGGAGUCUCUGUCGAGGUGGAAGAGACUGAGCCGGUUGAGGAAUCCUGGCCGUUAGUUUGCAUUCACUGCCAGGAGCCAUGCGUGACGCGUCAGAACCUGGAGUUGCACUUGCGCCGGCACAGUGGCAGGAAGCGUCAAAGGCAGCACUACCAGGAGCAGGAUGCCGACGAGGAGAUGCCGCAGGUGGAGGCUGACAAGGAAAAGGCUGUGGUGGAGCAGAAGCAAAAAGAACAAGAUCCCGAUUGGUCAAGCUAUGAGCUGGAACCCAAAGUGAAAGAAGAGGAGGAGGAGGAGGAGGAUGAUGAUGAUGAUGAGGAGGAGGAUGACGAGGUGGAAGAGGAGUUGGAUAUCUUAUGAUUAUCACAUUCCAAAAUUAGCUUUAGCCUGUACCUGAAGUACACAAAAAAUAAGAAAGUUUUUCGGUUUUUUUUUUUGAAUUUUCACUAUUUUUUUGGAAUUUAGAAACCAAGAAAAACUUGCGACUUAAAGUUGUUACUUAUUCUUACAUAUAUUACAUACUGUAU